CCUAUUUGGAGUUUGAAAACAAAUAAGAGUAUUACAAUAAUUAAGUUGUUUUGAAUAUUAUAAUUUAACAAUGCGUUACGUAAUCAUUAUAGUUUUCAUUAGCAAUUUUGUAAAUCUCAUCGGAACAGAAUCGUCUAUUGUGGACAAUUAUUUGUGUCAAAAUCCAAGAAUUGAUACGAUUUUCAAUUCCGCUGAAGGCUCAACUUACAUUUUCAAAGGAGACAUGUACUGGAAGUUGACGAAAAAGAGUGUGGCUCUGGGUUACCCUAAAUUAAUCUCUAAUGGUUGGCCCGGACUUCCCGGAAACAUCGAUGCGGCUUUCACUUACAAAAACGGCAAAACUUACUUCUUCAAAGGCUCGAAGUAUUGGAAAUACAGGGGUCAUAAAGUGAACGGACACUAUCCGAAGGAGAUUUCGGAAGGUUUUACCGGAAUUCCGGAUGAUUUGGAUGCCGCGAUGGUGUGGAGUGGCAAUGGCAAGAUCUAUUUUUUCAAGGAUGCGAAAUUCUGGAAGUUUAAUCCGUCGCAAAGGCCUUCAGUUGAUUCAACAUAUCCUAAACCAAUCUCUAAUUGGAAAGGAGUUCCUAAUAAUUUAGAUGCUGCUCUUAAGUGGACCAAUGGUUACACUUACUUCUUCAAAGACGAUACUUAUUAUCGAUUCAACGAUACGGCAUUCGCUGUUGAUAAGGACAAUCCGGCUUUUCCUAGGGGGAUAGCAUAUUGGUGGUUAGGCUGCAGUUAUGCACCACAAGGAACCAUCGAAGCGAGUGAGUCAAAACUGUCAAAAGGGUGCGUCCUGUAUGAAGAGAGAGAUCCGGAUGAUGAAAAAAGUGAUACUUUAGGCACAUGUAGGUGCUAGGCAACAAAUCUAACAAAGUUUGGGCUGACUUACUAACUGUACACAUAAAAUGUUAAAAUUUGAGUAAUGGAGACGUCAAUUACAGUUGUCAAGACCAAAAAGUUACUUUUAAUAAGUCAGUAAAUGUUAUUUCAAGCAAUACAGUAUGUUUAAAAGUAAA